UUGUCCCUGUCGAGAGGAGGGGUUUCUGUUAAGCAAUGAAAUGACGUCAUGUUUUGUAUAUAAACUGUUGCUCAUGGUGAAGUGGCAGCGCGCUCCGAGAAUAAAUUCUGUUACCUAUUAUUAAAAAGACUGGGCUCCGUCUAUUUUAUGCAAACAAGAAUCUUACAAAUUCUAAUAAAAUAGUUUAAGGGUUGUCAAUUAAUGAAAACACAUUAGCAUAAUUAAAUUACAGUAACAAUAAUAAAAGCAGAGCUGGAAUCAUGAAAACGACUGCCUUCCAGUCUUGACACAGAAUAUUUAUACAUUUGUCCUUCUUACUUCACACUCAUCGUAAGUCCUCUUAAUGGCUUAUCACCUGUUGCAUUUAGCCACCGUUAUCAUAUUGCCUUCAUAUUAGGACAUGCAACCUGUAGAGUCACAUAAAUAGUUUUUAAACAUGUAGGACCACAGCAACAGACCUUGGUGUAGCAGUAUAACUUUAGACCGUCCCCUCGCCCAUACCCGGGCCCCUCUGCACACAUCAACAACAGUCACCCACGAAGCAUCGUUACCCAUCGCUCCACAAAAGCCGCGGCCCCUGCAGAGCAAGGGGAACUACUACUUCAAGUUCUCAGAGCAAGUGACGUCACUGAUUGAAACGCUAUUUAGCGUGCACCGCUAACUCAGCUAGCCGUUUCACAUCCGUUACAUUGGCACUCUAUAGGAUUAACCAAUCCAUGACAUCCUGCUGACUACUGAAAGGGGAACCCCUGUUCUGGGAAAAACCCAAGAGGUGUAACCAUAGUUGGCCAUAACAGUUACAAGAAUAACCAUGUGCUUGUCUAAUGGUGUCCAAAGACAGAGAGCACAUAGAUGCACUAGUUUUGCUGGCUCCUUCUGAAAUAAAUAAUUGCCACAUAUGUACUGAACAAUUCACAAUACUAGCUACCUGAUAGGAGUGCUGGUGUUGGAUUUUCCAGUUCCUAUACUGUUUUUUUAGAAGUAGUAAGCUGAAUCGAUAUGGACAUGGACUUAACCAUUAGUAUAUGUGUAAGCAGAACCAAUGUGUAUGUGCCACCUGAGUCAAUAUGCACCUCUAUUAUGGGCGGCAGGUAUCCUAGUGGUUACAAUAUUGGGCCAGUAACCGAAAAGUUUGCUAAGGAGGAAUCCCCAAGCUGACAAGGUAAAAAAUCUGUCAUUCUGCACCUGAAAAGGGCAGUUAACCCACUGUUCCUAGGCCUCCAUUUUAAAUAAGAAUAUGUGACUUGCCUAGUUAAAUUAAGAUUACAUAAAGAAAUGGACCAUCUUGGCUUUGUGCUAAGCCAUGUAAUAAAGUCUAUAUAAAUGUAAUGUUCCGGUAACCUCGACGCUAGCUGGGUACGUUAGCUUACGAGGUACAUUAAUAGCUUUAGGUUGGUUGUUUUUAUGUUAAACUUCAAGAUUUACACCAAGGACGUUGCCUCUCGGAUCAUCACUCUCCCUCGCUUGGGCAAGGGACAUUUAAGGCACUCAGAUGUAAAACGCAAUUCAAGGGUUGAGGGUUUAGCCGAAGGCUGUUGAGUUUGAAACGCAGCUGGAAGGCAAUCAGGAAGAUGCUAGAUCAGUUGGGACCAUUAUAGGCAAUGAGAGGGCAGAUAUGCGUGUUGCCACAAAGUCAAACGCCUAUAUCGUAUUUGUAUUUAAGUUUAGGCAUAAAGGUAGUGUUUUCAAUGUUAGGGUUAAAAUCACAUUUAAAAAUAUCAGUUGUAGAAAUGGGUGUGUUUGUGGUAACUAGUGACGACCAGGCACUACUUCCAUACAAAGUGUUUUUUUUUUCUCCUCAAAGUUUCCUUGGAUGUGAGGUGUCCUACUUUUACCAAUACACUCCUAACAACCAACUCGUUACCAAUACACUCCUAACAACCAACUUGUUACCAAUACACUCCUAACAACCAACUCGUUACCAAUACACUCCUAACAACCAACUCGUUACCAAUGCACUCCUAACAACCAACUCGUUACGAAAAUGUAUAUAUGAUCAAAUAAGCCAGAAGCCAGAUUUUGGGCCCAGUUAUCCCUCUUGCUUCUCCACUUCUGUGUUGUUUGAUAGGAAAUGACUGCUAUAAAGAAAUAUGGUGGAAACGAGCCCAUAUCCACCAAUCCAACGCUCUUAGAUUUGUGGCUUAUAGUGAACGAUUGAACAUUUCAGGACAAAGCUAGCCCGUCCCCCUCCACCCUCCAGGAGUCCCCAGGUCGACUGCCUCUCCGUACUCUACUGCUGGGUCUGGUUGACUGCAGGAAAACACCGGGGCAGAGUGGAACUGAGAGAGGAGAAGGAGAAGAGGAACAUGGAGAUAUGAUUUCAUUAAGGGACAUCCCUAAUCGUUGCUCUCUCAGUGGGAGGGGCUUAUCAUCUGGGGAGCCUCAACAACAUUAUGAUGCUGACAAGAAAGAGAAGAGUCUCUCCAGAUCAGAACACCUCAAACACCAGCAUAGAGGUACAGGGAAGAAACCUCACCACUGCUCUGACUGUGGGAAGAGUUUUGCUAAACAGAACUUGACAAAUCAUGAGCAAAUUCACACUCUAGAGCAUGCAUCUAAUACCUUAAAAUCUCAGAGAAUUAAUUCAGGGGAGGGACCUUAUACCUGCUUUGAUUGUGGGAAAUACUUAAAUCAGUCAGGAGCCCAGACUAACCACAAACACACAGGAGAGAAGCCUUAUAGCUGUGUUCAGUGUGGGAAGAGCUUCAGUCGAUCAGGAUCCCUGACUACACACCAACGCAUACACACAGGAGUGAAGCCUUAUAGCUGUGAUCAGUGUGGGAAGAGCUUCAAUCAACCAGGAAACCUGACUCUACACCAACGCAUACACACAGGAGUGAAGCCUUAUAGCUGUGAUCAGUGUGGGAAGAGCUUCAAUCAUUCAGGAAACCUGACUACACACCAACUCAUACACACAGGAGUGAAGCCUUAUAGCUGUAAUCAGUGUGGGAAGAGCUUCAAUCAUUCAGGAGACCUGAUCAAACACCAGCGCAUACACACAGGAGAGAAGCCUUAUAGCUGUGAUCAAUGUGGGAAGAACUUCAAUAAAUCAGGACACCUGACUGCACACCAACGCAUACACACAGGAGAGAAGCCUUAUAGCUGUGAUCAGUGUGAGAAGAGUUUCAGGAAGUCAGAUCACCUGACUAUACACCAACGCAUACACACAGGAGAGAAGCCUUAUAGCUGUGAUCAGUGUGAGAAGAUUUUCAGGACAUCAGAUCACCUGACUAUACACCAACACAUACACACAGGAAAGAAGCCUUAUAGCUGUGAUCAGUGUGGGAAGAGUUUCAGGACGUCAGAUCACCUGACUAAACACCAACGCAUACACACAGGAGAGAAGCCUUAUAGCUGUGAUCAAUGUGGGAAGAGCUUCAAUCAAUCAGGAUCCCUGACUCUACACCAACGCAUACACACAGGAGUGAAGCUUUAUAGCUGUGAUCAGUGUGGGAAGAGCUUCAAUCAUUCAGGAUCCCUGACUAAACACCAACGCAUACACACAGGAGAGAAGCCUUAUAGCUGUGAUCAGUGUGGGAAGAGCUUCAAUCAAUCAGGAUCCCUGACUGCACACCAACGCAUACACACAGGAGAGAAGCCUUAUAGCUGUGAUCAGUGUGAGAAGAGUUUCAGGAAGUCAGAUCACCUGACUAUACACCAACGCAUACACACAGGAGAGAAGCCUUAUAGCUGUGAUCAAUGUGGGAAGAGCUUCAGUCGAUCAGGAUCCCUGACUACACACCAACUCAUACACACAGGAGAGAAGCCUUAUAGAUGUGAUCAGUGUGGGAAGAGCUUCAGUCGAUCAGGAUCCCUGACUACACACCAACUCUUACACACAGGAGAGAAGCCUUAUAGCUGUGAUCAAUGUGGGAAGAGCUUCAGUCGAUCAGGAUCCCUGACUACACACCAACUCUUACACACAGGAGAGAAGCCUUAUAGAUGUGAUCAGUGUGGGAAGAGUUUUGCUCGUUCAGGGUCACUGAUAAAACACCAGAAAGCACAAACAUGUUUUCUUUCAUCUCCCUUCUCUCUGGCACCGGUUCAGGAUCCCUAAAUAAAGUUUACAUAGAAAACAUCUUGUAAACAGUCAUCCAUCUCCCAUUCUCUAACACUUUAGUAUGUCUGAUUGCCAUGGUAACAUGUGUAGCAUAAUAUGCAGCUCUGGAUCCAUAUGUUACAAGCGUCUUGGAGUAGAAGUGCUGUGUGUGGUGGGGUGGGGGAGGAGGUGUUCAGAGCUAUCUUUUAAUUUAUGAACUCAUAUUAUCCAUUAAAUAAUGUAUAAUAAAAAAGUUUCACCAAUGGUAUGUAUAUAUUCAUGUGUGGGGGAAAUGUUAUCUGAAGAGAGUCUUGAAUUGUACAUCAUGUCUCAUACAGUCAUUGGUUCCUGUAGGUGCUGGGUAGAGAUAUGAGGGGGAGCCGGUCAUGGCCCCCUCAGACCUUUUGGCAGAACGCUCAGAAUAUGUUCUAUAAUUUACAUGCGGGAACCAAAUGUUAAUGAUGAAUAAUGUAAAUCAUGCAAAUAUAACUUGUCUGUGUUACCAGUAUAUAAGAGGACUAACGGGACUGCCCCGAAAGAGCUCCUGACCGUAAGUUUGUUGGAAUCUCUCCAGCUGGCUGAUAAUAAAUAAUUAUUCAUUUAA